CCAGAACAACGGUGACGGCACCUUCACUGAUAUUUCUGACGCUGUUGGGCUUCGGCAAUCCAGCUCGUACGCGGUUGGUAGAGGUGUCGCGGUUGGGGAUUACGAUGCCGAUGGCGAUUUGGAUCUCUUUAUCGUCAAUAGUGGUGGGAAACCGAUGUUGCUCCGAAACGACGGUGGGAACCAACAGCAGUGGCUUCAGAUUCGCACGGUCGGCACAGUGAGCAAUCGGGACGGUGUUGGCGCGCUUGUGAAGGUGAGUGCUGGCGAUCUUCAUCAGAUUCAACAGGUGGCGGCAGGAGACAGUUAUCUUUCACAGAGCAGCCUUGAUGUCGAGUUUGGGCUUGCGCACCACAAGAUAGUGGAUCGAAUUGUUAUUCGGUGGCCGAGUGGCAUUGUGCAAACGUUGACCGAUGUGCGAGCGAAUCAGCGGCUUGUUGUGGUUGAGAGUGCGGAGUGACGCGAAAAAUCUUGCAAUUGCAAUGUGAAUAUGUUAUUUUUAACAUGUUUACGUUUUUUACAAUUUUUUACAAUAAGGAGAAAAAUAUGCGACGAAGUUUAUUUUUGAUCGUUUUGCUUGCCGUAUAUGUUGCGGUAACGGUCGUCCACGAUGCAAGUGCUGCCGAAGAGAUUCGGGUAUGGGGCGGCAAAGUGGACGAUUUCAAGGAUUCCGACGGCCGCAUCUGGCACGGUGGGCAGAAUGAGAAGAAGGAGUGGGGCGGAUGGAUUGAAAAACUUCCGCGGAUUGCUGAAGUCCAAAACCUCACGAAAGAUGCCGAAAAACUGGCGAAGAAAGAAGGGUACGAUAAGGAGCUUUUCUAUGCCGUCAGCUGGGCAUCGUUCCCUGAUGUCGUCAAGGUAGAUUUAAAUACCGGUAAAGGCACUUUUAAUGUUACCUAUCUCGUGGGUGAGCAUUGGUCACCGAACAAUCGCGGUUUCGAUAUUAUUAUCGAAGACGAGAUUGUUGAAGAAGAGUAUGUGACACCCGGUAAUAACGAGAUAGAUAUUAUACGAUAUGAAGGCAUUGAAGUUAAAGACAAGGUCAUGAGUCUUGAAUUUGCUGGCAAUCCGAAGACAGGUGCUGGAGAUCUCAACGCGAUGUUUAGUGGGAUAGAGGUAAUCCCCGCAUUAGCCGUUGACCCGAAGGCGAAACUCACGACAACGUGGGGUGCGCUGAAAGACAAUCGUCAGUAA